GUGUUCGUGUUGCUGUUGCUGAGGACACAGGCGCGUGCCCGCUGCUGCAGUAGCCCCGCUGCUGUUCUAUCCGGAGCUCCAUCAAACCGGCGUGCAUGGAGAACAUGGACUAAGCGGCGCGCUGACGGCCACACACACACACACAAAACAGGAACAACUUAUCAGGAGAAGUCCCAACUCUACUGGUCAAUAAUCUUUCACGCUGGUUUCCACCCCUCUGUGCCCUGGGGAUGAAUGCACCAAUGAGGAGCCUGACCAUUCACUCCCUUUAUAGCACGGCUAGUCCCAGCAUGCUGAAGAGGAAGCAGAGCUCGCGCGUUGAGGCGCAGCCUAUGACUGAUUUUGGGCCUGAUGAAACGCUCACAGACAGCACUGACAUCCUGUGGAUCAACAAACCAUGGGUGCAUUCUCUGUUGCGGGCCUGUGCUAUAAUCAGCGUCAUCUCAGUGUGCAUGAACACGCCCAAGACAUUCGAGCACUACCCACCCCUGCAGUAUGUCACCUUCACCCUGGACACAAUGCUCAUGUUUCUCUACACGGCUGAGAUGAUCGCCAAGAUGCACAUCAGGGGCAUCAUCAAGGGAGAUAACUCUUACGUUAAGGACCGCUGGUGCAUGUUUGAUGGCUUCAUGGUGGUCUUUCUCUGGGUCUCUCUUGUGCUUCAGGUGUUUGAAAUAGCUGAGAUUGUGGACCAGAUGUCACCAUGGGGAAUGCUGCGGAUACCGAGGGCCCUCAUAAUGAUACGAGCCUUUCGGAUCUAUUUCAGAUUUGAGCUGCCGCGGACGCGCAUAACCAACAUUCUGAAGCGAUCUGGAGAGCAGAUCUGGAGUGUGUCCAUAUUUUUGCUCUUCUUCUUGCUCCUCUAUGGAAUUCUGGGGGUUCAGAUGUUUGGCACCUUCAAUUACCAUUGUGUCACCAAUGAGACACAGGAACAUAAUGUGACGUGGAACAGCCUUGCCAUUCCUGACACACACUGCUCUCCAAAUGGGGAGGGCUACCAGUGCCCCAUGGGUUUUAAGUGCGUGGACCUGGAGGCACAUGGUCUUAGCAGACAGGAGCUGGGCUACAGUGGCUUCAAUGAGCUUGGCACCAGCAUAUUCACCGUGUACGAGGCUGCGUCUCAGGAGGGCUGGGUCUUCAUCAUGUACCGAGCCAUUGACAGCUUCCCACGCUGGCGCUCCUACUUCUACUUUAUCACACUCAUCUUCUUCCUCGCUUGGCUGGUCAAGAACGUGUUCAUAGCUGUGAUCAUUGAGACGUUUGCUGAGAUCAGAGUGCAGUUCCAGCAGAUGUGGGGCUCCAGAAGCAGCACUACAUCUACAGCCACUACACAGAUGUUUCAUGAGGAUGCGUCUGGAGGAUGGCAGCUCGUGGCGGUGGAUGUGAAUAAGCCACAUGGCCGUGCGCCCGCCUGCCUCCAGAAACUGAUGCGGUCCUCUGUGUUCCACAUGUUCAUUCUGAGUAUGGUGGCUGUGGAUGUGAUUGUGGCUUCCAGCAACUACUACAAAGGCAAGAACCACAAAAAGGACUACGAUGAGUUCUACCUAGCUGAGGUUGCCUUCACUGUACUGUUUGAUCUGGAGGCUCUGCUGAAAAUCUGGUGCCUAGGCUUUACAGGCUACAUCAGCUCCUCUCUUCACAAGUUUGAGUCUCUUCUGGUAGUGGGCACCACAUUGCACAUCUACCCUGACCUCUAUCACUCUCAGGUGACCUACUUUCAGGUGCUGAGAGUAGUGCGGCUAAUCAAGAUCUCACCCGCGUUGGAGGAUUUUGUGUACAAGAUCUUUGGUCCAGGAAAGAAACUUGGCAGUCUUGUGGUGUUCACAGCCAGUCUGCUCAUAGUCAUGUCUGCCAUCAGUCUACAGAUGUUCUGCUUUGUGGAGGACUUGGACCGCUUUACCACCUUUCCAAGGGCCUUCAUGUCCAUGUUUCAGAUCCUCACUCAGGAGGGCUGGGUGGAUGUCAUGGACCAAACCCUGGUGGCUGUGGGACACAUGUGGGCUCCAGUGGUGGCCAUCUACUUCAUCCUCUACCACUUGUUUGCCACUCUGAUCUUGCUGAGUCUGUUUGUGGCUGUUAUUCUGGACAAUCUUGAGCUUGAUGAAGACCUAAAAAAGCUGAAACAGCUGAAGCAGAGUGAGGCUAAUGCAGACACAAAAGAGAAGCUUCCCCUGCGUCUGCGUAUCUUUGAGAAGUUCCCCAACAGGCCACAGAUGGUGAAGAUAUCCAAGCUGCCGUCCGAUUUCACUGUGCCCAGGAUUAGGGAAAGCUUCAUGAAGCAGUUUAUUGACAGACAGCAACAGGACCCAAGUUGUCUGUUCCGCAGACUCCCCUCUGCCUCCUCCUCCUCCUGUGACCACUCUAAGAGGUCUGCCAUUGAGGAUAAUAAAUACAUUGAUCAGAAGCUGAGAAGGUCAAUAUUCAGCAUCCGUGCUCGUAACCUGCUGGAGAAGGAAACAACCGUCAAUAAAAUUCUACGAGCGUGCACCAGGCAGCGCAUGCUGAGUGGCUCCUUUGAGGGCCAGCCAACAAAAGAGCGCUCUAUCCUCAGUGUGCAGCACCACAUCCGCCAGGAGCGCAGGUCUCUCAGACACGGCUCCACCAGCCAGAGAAUCAGCAGAGGGAAAUCUCUGGAGACACUCACCCAGGAUCACUCCAGCACAGUGCGCUACCGGAAUGCUCAGAGAGAGGACAGCGAGAUCAAGAUGAUCCAGGAGAAGAAGGAACAGGCUGAGAUGAAACGAAAAGUCCAAGAAGAGGAGCUGCGAGAGAACCAUCCUUACUUUGACAAGCCACUCUUCAUAGUUGGGAGAGAACACCGCUUCAGAAACUUCUGCAGAAUGAUCGUGCGGGCCCGCUUCAAUGCAUCGAAAACGGAUCCCAUAACAGGAGCAGUAAAGAUCACGAAAUAUCAUCAGUUAUAUGAUCUUCUGGGCUUGGUCACAUAUCUGGACUGGGUGAUGAUCGUGGUCACUAUCUGCUCAUGCAUCUCAAUGAUGUUUGAGUCUCCUUUUACCAGAGUCAUGCAUGUGCCCACAUUACAGAUAGCAGAGUAUGUCUUUGUAAUCUUCAUGAGCAUUGAGCUGAACCUGAAGAUCAUGGCGGAUGGCCUUUUCUUCACACCUACUGCAGUCAUCAGAGACUUUGGUGGCGUCAUGGACAUUUUCAUCUAUUUAGUCAGUCUGAUCUUCCUUUGCUGGCUGCCCACUGAUGUGCCCCCAGAAUCAGGUGCUCAGCUGCUGAUGAUGCUGCGCUGCCUGCGUCCUCUACGCAUCUUCAAGCUGGUACCUCAGAUGAGGAAGGUGGUGCGGGAGGUCCUUAAAGGCUUCAAAGAAAUCUUCCUGGUCUCUAUUCUUCUUUUGACAUUAAUGCUGGUGUUUGCAAGCUUCGGGGUGCAGCUCUUUGCCGGGAAACUUGCCAAGUGUAAUGAUCCUCACAUCACCCGCGAGGAUGACUGCCACGGUAUCUUCAGAAUCAACGUCAGCAUCUCCAAAAACCUGAACCUGAAGCUCAGACCCGGAGAGAAAAAACCUGGAUUUUGGGUGCCAAGAGUGUGGGCAAACCCUCGCAAUUUCAACUUUGACAAUGUAGGCAAUGCCAUGCUGGCUCUGUUUGAGGUGCUAUCUCUGAAAGGCUGGGUGGAAGUGAGAGAUGUCAUCAUACACAGAGUGGAUCCGACCCAUGGCAUCUACAUCCAUGUCUUCGUAUUUCUGGGCUGCAUGAUUGGACUAACUCUGUUUGUGGGUGUUGUAAUAGCUAAUUUUAAUGAAAACAAGGGCACAGCUCUGCUGACUGUGGAUCAGAGGAGAUGGGAGGAUCUGAAGAGCAGGCUGAAGAUCGCUCAGCCACUACACCUUCCCCCACGCCCAGAAAAUGGCGGCUUCCGUGCCAAAAUGUAUGACAUCACCCAGCACCCUUUCUUCAAGCGAGGCAUAGCAGUGCUGGUUUUAGCCCAGUCUGUUCUGCUGUCUGUUAAGUGGGAUGUGGGUGACCCAGUGACUGUUCCACUGGCAACCAUGUCUGUGGUUUUCACCUUCAUCUUUGUCCUAGAGGUGACUAUGAAGCUAAUAGCCAUGUCACCAGCUGGCUACUGGCAGAGCAGGAGGAACAGAUAUGAUCUGCUGGUCACAUCACUUGGGGUCAUAUGGAUCAUUUUACACUUUGCUUUACAGAAUGCCUACACCUAUAUGAUGGGCACUUGUGUGAUAGUGCUGAGGUUUUUCACCAUAUGCGGAAAGCAUGUGACGCUGAAGAUGCUGCUGCUGACGGUGGUGGUGAGCAUGUAUAAGAGUUUCUUCAUCAUUGUAGGAAUGUUCCUUCUGCUGCUCUGCUAUGCCUUCGCUGGUGUGGUGCUCUUCGGCACUGUCAAAUAUGGCGAGAACAUUAACAGGCAUGCAAACUUCUCCACCGCAGGGAAGGCCAUCACUGUGCUGUUCCGUAUCGUCACAGGUGAAGACUGGAAUAAGAUUAUGCACGACUGCAUGGUGCAGCCGCCAUUCUGCACGCCGGACAAGCACCGCUACUGGGAGACGGACUGCGGCAACUACGCCGGCGCCCUCAUCUACUUCUGCUCCUUCUAUGUCAUCAUCGCCUACAUCAUGCUUAACCUGCUUGUGGCUAUCAUUGUGGAGAACUUCUCUUUGUUCUACUCCACGGAGGAAGAUCAGUUGCUAAGCUACAACGACCUGCGUCACUUCCAAAUCAUUUGGAACAUGGUGGAUGACAAACGAGAGGGUGUGAUCCCCACCUCGCGGGUGAAGUUCUUGUUGCGGCUGCUGAGAGGCCGGCUGGAGGUGGACCUGGACAAAGACAAACUGCUCUUCAAGCACAUGUGCUAUGAGAUGGAGCGGCUGCACAAUGGAGGAGAUGUCACCUUCCAUGAUGUCCUGAGCAUGCUGUCAUACCGCUCAGUAGACAUCAGGAAGAGUCUGCAGCUGGAGGAGUUACUGGCCCGGGAGCAGCUAGAGUACACCAUUGAAGAGGAGGUAGCCAAGCAGACCAUCCGCAUGUGGCUGAAGAAGUGCCUCAAACGCAUCCGAGCUAAGCAGCAGCAGUCAUGCAGUAUCAUCCUGAGUCUGCGUGAGAGCCAGCAGCAGGACCUGCGGCGCCUGUUGAAUCCCCCCAGCAUUGAGACCACUGUCCCCAGUGAUGAUGCAAAUGCUAACAACCAGGACAACCCCACACAGCCAGAGCAGAACAGCGGCCUGCAGACACUGCUGAGCCCCACUCUGUCAGACCGCAGUGGCUUCAGGCAGGACUCAGGUGAUCGGCCCCAGAGAAAGCUGGGCCAGUGGAGACUGCCCACAGGGCGCACUAGUGUUAAGUCCAUGGUGUGCAAGAUGAAUCCAGUUAGUGAUGAAGCCUCCUCUGGAUCUGAGGUCAAAAAGUGGUGGACUCGACAGCUGACUGUGGAGAGUGAUGAGAGUGGCGAUGACCUCAUUGAUAUUUGAGGUUCUGUAGCAUCAAACAUGCAUGUGCACAGAAACUCUAGUAUACACAGUCAGAGGCCUUUUUGCUGGUUCACUGCCAGCUGUGCGUCAGUGUAAUACUCAAUAUGACCUAACUAUUUAAGGAAUGUGAUAAACAUUUUAAAAGCUGGGGAGAGAUGUGCAUUUAAAUGUAACAUUUUAUGCAUUGAUCAAGUAUGCAAAUCUAGAAAUAAUUAUAUUACAUUUGGCUGUGCCUCUGCCAAAAGCUAUAGCAUUUUGUCUCAACUGAAAUUUCAUAUUAACAUCACAUACUGCUUACAAGGCCCUUCUGAAAGCAGUUUGCCAUCUGUGUUUUAAAAGGCAGUUAUCCACAUUUAGUUGUAAUGAAAUCAUUACAAUUUAUGCUUAAAGGGGAAUUCCACUGAUUUUCCAGAAUUCCUACCUUAUUAAAUUGGUAUGGUGUAAACAGAGUAAUUCAGAGUGAUGUGAAAUUCUAGAGAAACUACCUGACUCAGAAUCAUUCACUGUGGUCACAAUAGGUACCAGACAUUAAAAAGCAUUUAAGGUUUUAGAAGCAUUACUCACAGAAAGCUGUUGCGAGGAUUGGAUGCCAAUAUGCUGCUUGAUGCCUGAGAGAUUGUUUUAACAAUGGUUAAAGUUUCAGCAUAAAACACAUUUAAUAUAAAUUCAUGAAGAAGCGAUUCAUGCAAAACGAGCACUGUAUAAGCAAAACAGUGCACAAAUUUUCACCACUACCACUUUUAUUAACACUAUUAACAACUUUACAUACAUCCAAAAUUCAUAGGCCAUGUGGAGCUACACUGGUCAAUGCACACAGCAAAUAAAUGAUUGAAUUCUGCCAAAAAUAAAAAGGUGGAAUUUCCCUUUAAUGUCAGUAAUAGAAAUUUAUACUUGACAAAGUUAAGGAUCUGAUGUUUCUUUAUAUUCCGCUAUUAGUGAGCACCUAUCUGUAUCUAGGGAACAAUGUUUCUGCUGGCAGAAGAUCUUUACAAGCUUCUUUAUCAAUAAUGUAAAGAGCAGCUGCUGUGCGCCCUCAGGAUGUAUUAUGUAAUGUAACAGAAUCCUAGUUUCAGACCCAGAUGCAGUGUUUAUGGGAACAGAGCUUUAGUGCCACCAGAUGUUCUCAUACAGCUGACCCAACUCAACACAAAAGCCAUAGUGUGUUUCUCAUUUGGUUUGUUUUUGGGCCAGUGUCUUUCUUUUUUCCACAAUGUUUUGAGUUGCUCAUGGGUUUAUAAAAAAUGUUUGUUCAGCAUAAUUACCUUGUGUUGUGAUACAGUGGGCAAACAGUCUUCAAACUGCACAUCUGUGCAGACAAGACAGUGAAUGUACCUCUGUUCUUCUGUGUCUCUGUGAAUGUGUAAAAUCUUAAAAGUACUACGAAGAUAUUUAAUUUAUAAACAUGAAUCUAUUUUGUAAAAUAAAAUAGUUUGUAUGUAUUCUGUGAUUUUAAAUGAAUAUUCAAUAAUAAAGCCUGUCACUAGUA